AUGGCCUCCCCCCUGCCCGACCACUGGGCCGCCCUGGGCGUCGACCGCACCGCCGACGCCGCCACCAUCAAGAAGACGUACCGCAAGCUGGUGCUCAGCUGCCACCCGGACAAAGUCCAGGACGAGGCGCUGAAGGAGCAAAAGGCCGAGGAGUUCCACAAGAUCCAGCAGGCCUACGAGGUGCUCAGCGACGACGACCGCCGCAGCACCUACGAGGCCGAGCUGAAGCUGGAGCAGCUGCGCAAGGAGAAGCUCGCCCGAACAGGCGCGGCUGCGAAUACGGAUACGAAGAGUACCCGCUUCGACAGCCGCGCGUCGAGUGGAGCUUACCCUGCCAACACCUCCUCCCAGCGCUACACCACCGAGGAGCGCCGCCCGUCGCGCGGUUUUGAUGAGGACCGCUACUAUGACGGCCGCCGCAAGUACGACGGCGAAGACGCCUACGCCCGCUCCAGCCCGCCCUCGCGCGCUGCCCGCCCUGAAAAGGAAUCGAGCGCGAGGGCUGCCCGUCCCACGCCCGACCGCACGCGCUCCGACCGCAACAAGACGCGCGACCGCGAAGACCGCCGAGACCGCAAGUUUGUCUCGGUGGAGAGCGAGUCGUCGGACGAGAAGGCACGCUACGAGGCCGAGUGGAAGCGCCGCAACGCUGAAGAAGAGGCACGCAAUCGACGCAGUGCCGAGGAGGAGGCGCGCACCCAGGCCGCCGAGGCGCGACGCAAGGUCGAGGAGCAGCGGCGGUCGUACGAGGACUCGCGCUACGACUCGACGUCGCGCAAGCUGAGCCAGCAGGCCGAGGAGGCCCUCCGCUACCAGCACCGGUCGCGCGCUGACGUGCAGGCUGAGAUCCGCCCCUCGCCUGUGAGGACCGCCUCGCGCGACUACUACACCAGCGAGCGAGGCCCCUCUCGACGCGAAGUCCCGUCCCGCCCCGAGCCUGUGCGCAGGUCGUCUGCCCGGCCCAAGGAGCGUCCCGUCCCAUCAGGCCGCGAACGAGAGCGCGGCAUGCCUGAGAUUGUCGAGUGGGGCGAGGACCGCAGACCCCCUCUCUUCAAGCACUCGUCCUCGUCGCCCGCCGACAUCCAGCUCCCGCGCUCCAUGCCUCAGCGCUCCUUCACGGGCGGGGAGCCCCUCCCACGCGACCACCGCCGCGGAGACUCCUCCCCACCACCCACCUUCUCCCGCUCGUCCACCAUGCCCACCGGCCCCUCCUCAUCCUCCCGCAGGAAAGACACAACCGCCCGUCCCUCCACCCUCCGCGAGACCAUGACCCCCGAGCACAGCCCCGAGCACGACCACCCCUCCACCACAAAGACAAAACACUACUACUACCCCACCCCCAGCGGCGGCGUGCCCCUGCGCCCAGACGACAUGUCCUCAGCCAGCACGCACCGCACCACGCUCCGCGAGCCAGACCACUACCGCCAGCGCUCGCCCUCGCCCCUAACCCGGCCCCCCAUCGGCCCAAACAGACACGAAUCCCAGUACUCGACCGCAGGCAUCCCCCCGCCCCCCAUGGGCCGCUCAAACUCAAGCCGCAACGUCUCCCCCGUCCGCGGCCGCCAGCAGCCCCCGCUCUACGGCGAAAUGAACUCGGACCAUGCGCGUCGUGAGAAUGCGCGCAGGCAGACUAGCUUCAGUCCGCAUGAUGUCGCGUAUACGAAGAAGAUUGGCCCGGAUGAUGUUAGGUGGGCGCCUAAGGAGGGUGGGACCCAGAGGGGUGAGAGGGAGUAUGCUAGUAAACCUAGUCUGGGGCGGACUGCUACGUGCGCCGCUCGACGUUUCGCAAGGGCUGCUGUUACGUCGGUGGGUAUAAGGAUUAGUAUAUGGAUUUGCAUCAAUAUGAAUAUGACGAUUGACUUGAUUUCCACUACGUCUUCUGAUGUGAUGUGA